UUAAUGAGUUGUGUUCUCUUCGCCGCAAAAUUAGAUUGCUGAUAUCUCUUCAUGCGGCCAAUGAUAAAGCUGGCCAGUCAGCUGGGCGUGUUGUGUUGGAGUUUGAACUCUGGACCUAAGUGGAGGAGCUGAGAAAUACAGUGGAGACUCUUUAGAGGAACAGAAACUCUGGAUUUAAACGAAAGCAAGAAGGCUGGAUAUUUUUGACGGGGUACGCAGUUGUUUUACGGGAUUUCACCCAAACCACGGAAAUUAUGGAGUACUACCCAGAUCAGGGUUCUGACUGCUCCGAGCUGCUCGACUGGCUGUUUGAUAAAAAUGACGGGAUUCUGCGACACGAGGAAGUAGGACAGCUGGGCAUCCGUCCCGGUCUGCCAUUUCAGGAGCCAAAUAUGCCGCAGCCAGCUGAGCAGGCGGACGAUGACUUUCUCAACGCCCUUCUGAGCGGGAGUGAUUCUGUGUCAGCCUCGCCGCUGUGGUCCCCAUCGCCUAGCGACAGUGGGAUCAGCGAGGACCCUCCAUCGGACCAGAUGGACAGUCCUCAGCGCCCUGAAAGCCCUCCAGAUGCGCACUUCUUUGGUACAGGACCUCCAACCAAGGCAGCGCUAGAAGCAAAUGUUUCCACUGAUCCAAAUGGCUGGGAGCUCGGCUUCCCAUCGGGGAGAGCAAGGUUCAUGCAGUUUCCAUCGGAUGCACAUCGGUCACAACUGUCGCCUGGCUUCCCUCUGACUGUCAAGGAUCUGCUGCUGUCUGGCACGCCGGAGCCGCCCCCCCAGUCAUCCCAAAAGUCCAUCCAAGAACUGAUUCUCAAUGACGAUGAAAAGAAGCUUUUAGCAAAGGAGGGGGUCACCCUACCAAACCAGCUGCCCCUUACAAAGUAUGAAGAGAGGAUUCUGAAGAAGAUACGCAGAAAGAUUCGCAACAAGCAGUCUGCCCAGGAGAGCAGGAAGAAGAAGAAGGAGUAUAUUGAUGGAUUGGAGAGCCGGAUGGCUGCAUGCAGUGCCCACAACCAGGAGCUGCAGAGAAAGGUGUCUCAGCUGGAAAAAUGCAACAUGUCACUAAUGGAGCAGCUGCGCAGGCUGCAAGCUAUGGUCAUGAACUCAACCAACAAGCCAGCCCAGACUGGGACAUGUGUACUGGUGCUUCUGUUGUCCUUCUGUCUGAUCCUGGUCCCCAGCCUCAAGCCUUUCUCUGAUUCGAAGGUCAGCGAAGGUGACUUCAGUCCAGUCAGAAUCCAGUCACGGUCGCUACAGAACCUCCAGGCUUCCCGUGUGCUGCACGUUAUCGACCCCUCUUUCCCCACCGAGGAUGAAUCAGACCCCGUGAACCGGCAUUUCCCUGAAGAGCGGGAAUUGGAAGACAUCACAAGCCUGAUGGGGAAGCUGGCGGUGAAACCAGAACAGCCCAGUCUGGACUCCGUGUCUCUGAACAGCAGUCAGGAAGAUGGAGUCAGUCAUUUCCAUGCAGACCCAAUUACCGGCCACAUAGCUACUGUGACUCUGAAUCCCCACCGCGCCACCGGGCUACGACCACACGCCGACGACAUGUAAUAGAGAUGGCGUAAUCUUCCCCCGAUCAAAAUCAGUCCUGCUAACCUUAAAGCAGAGAAUUAUUAGGGACGCUUGUUUACAGAGACAGGGUAAUUAACUUCUGAUCCCUCCUGUUUUGCCUCGGGAACAUACGGUGGUUCUCAAAAGUCAGCUCGCCCCUGAGAGACCAACUAUCCAGACUGCGCCAACACCUCCCGAAACGUUGUAGAUUUCAUUUGUCGUGGUCAGAUAAAAGUAAAUUUCAAUUUUUGGCCACAAUUCCAAAAUAUAUGUUUGACAGAAAUCUAAACUUCACAUGGCAGAAUAAAACGACACCGACAGUCUAACAUAGCAGUAGCAGCAUCAUGGUGUCUCUACUUUGUCACAGUCAGGAACAGAUUACAGCCAAGACCUUCUGGUGUCUACUAGAAAGCCAAAGAUGCAGAGGGGUGUCACUAUUCUGCAUUAAUGCGACUCCAAACAUAAAAGCAAACAACAAAAGAAUGGCUUCACUGGUCUAGAAGAUCACAUUUGGAAAUUUCCAAGACAGAAGCGAGAACUACACCUGACAGAAAAUGUCUUAGGGGUCACUUGAAGAGAUGCUGUGGACAGAAGAUGUCCUACCAUCUGAUAGAUUUAGAGUAUUUUGCACUGUAGAGUGGGAUUAAUCUCGCCACCUGAACAUGUCUCAAGGUAAUAGACACCCAAGCAAAGCAGGCUGACUCCUUUUGAUUGAAUUUGGAAAGCUUGGAGCGUUAGUUUAAAAGGUGUUGACACUUAUUCAGCCUGGUUGCCAAAGAGGUUUUGAAAUUACUUAUUUUGGUCUCAUCUUUUUACGUAAAAAAAAAAAAAAGAUUUAAAAAUAGACUUUUAACAGGGGUGUCGAGACCCUCUAUCCACUGUAUUUAGUGUGUACGUUUUUUCUUAUUUGUCUUGCUAUAUUUUUUUUAUUUGAAAGUGAAUGUUAAUCUUGCAUGGAAAUUAGCUCCUGAUGUGGCUUAUGUCUUUGAAAAUUGCGGUUUCUGAAAAUAGACGGGUAUAACAGCAUUGCGUUGUACAAUUUUGAUUCAAACUGCUAAUUUUUGAAGGUAAGGGUCAUUUUUUUUUUAAAACGUGUUUGUCAAAGAGUAGAUUGCAACAGUUUAGAAUCGGCGGUGGGUGAAAUUGCAUCAGUGUCAAAGCAAGAAAUGUUUUGAAACGCUCCGAUGAAAUGUUUUUCGUGUUUUGCUUUGUUAAUUAAAAAUUUGCUCUACUCA